AUGGGGGAGUUAAAUUACUUCAUUGGUCUUCAAAUCAAACAACUCAACGAAGGGACAUUCAUGUGUCAAACAAAAUAUUGCAACGAAUUGCUAAAGAGAUUUGGUAUGGAAGAUGAAAAAUCAAUUGAUACUCCAAUGCCCACAAAUGGAAACUUGGAAAGGAAUGAAAAUGGUAAGGAUGUUGGUGUCAAUAAGUAUAGAGGUAUGAUUGGUUAUCUUCUAUAUCUUACUGCAUCUAAGUCAGACAUUAUUUUUAACGUGUUUAUGUGUGCUUGUUACCAAUCUGCUUAUAAGGAAUCAUAUUUAAAAGCCAUAAAAUGCAUUCUUAGAUAUCUUCAUGGUACUUCUAAGUAUGGGUUUUGGUAUUCCAAGGGAAGUGAUUGUAAUUUGGUUGGUUAUACUGAAUCUGAUCUUUCCAGUUGCAAAUCAGAUAGGAAGAGUAUUAGUGGAACUUGCCAUAUGUUUUCAAACUCCUUAGUAAGUUGGCAUAGCAAGAAAUAG